GCUCAGCUUGUUCGUCCGAGUGCUGGCGCAAACCUGCAGGGUUGGUGGCGAUGCUGUCGGGCACCGAGGCAGCGGCAGCGGAAUGCGCGGACGCGGAGCUGCGGUGCCGUGUUGCUGUGGAGGAGUUGAGCCCGGGCGGGCAGCCGCGAAGGCGCCAGGCCCUACGCACCGCGGAGCUGAGACUGGGUCGUAACGAGCGCCGCGAGUUGAUGCUGAGGCUGCAGGCGCCCGGGCCCGCGGGGCGGCCGCGGUGCUUUCCCCUGCGCGCCGCGCGCCUCUUCACGCGCUUCGCCGCGUCCGGGCGCAGCACUCUUCGGCUUCCAGCCGACGGCGCUCCCCGGACCGGCGCCGUGCAGCUGCUGCUCUCCGACUGCCCCCCUGACCGCCUGCGCCGCUUCCUGCGCACUCUGCGCCUCAAGCUGGCCGCGGCCCCGGGUCCCGGGCCGGCCUCCGCCCGCACGCAGCUGCUUGGCCCGCGGCCCCGCGACUUCGUCACCAUCAGCCCGGUGCAGCCCGAGGAGCUGCGGCGCGCGGCGGCCACUUGUGUCACGGACUCCACGCCGGUGAAGCAGCCCACGGAGCCCCGGUCGGGGGCCAAGCCCAGCACCGAAGUCCGAAGGUGGCCCCUGCCUGUGAAGAAGCUGAGCUUGCCCCCCACCAAACCACAGCUUUCCAGGGAACAGGCUGCUGUGCUGAGGGUUGUCCUGAAAGGCCAGAGCAUUUUCUUCACUGGGAGUGCAGGGACGGGGAAAUCUUAUCUGCUGAAGCGUAUCCUGGGCUCACUGCCUCCCACAGGCACUGUGGCCACUGCCAGCACUGGGGUGGCAGCCUGCCACAUCGGGGGUACUACCCUCCAUGCCUUUGCAGGCAUUGGCUCGGGCCACGCUCCCCUGGCCCAGUGUGUGGCCCUGGCCCAGCGGCCAGGUGUGCGGCAGGGCUGGCUGAACUGCCAGCGGCUAGUCAUUGAUGAGAUCUCCAUGGUGGAAGCGGACCUAUUUGACAAGCUGGAGGCCGUGGCCAGAGCUGUCCGGCAGCAGAACAAGCCAUUCGGAGGGAUCCAGCUUAUCAUCUGUGGGGACUUCCUGCAGCUGCCGCCUGUAACCAAGGGAUCCCAGCCCCCGCAGUUCUGCUUCCAGGCCAAGAGCUGGAGGAGAUGUGUCCCAGUGACCCUGGAGCUGACAGAGGUGUGGAGGCAGACGGACGAGACCUUCAUCUCUCUGCUGCAAGCUGUGCGGCUGGGCAGGUGCUCAGAUGAGGUCACCCGCCAGCUCCGGGCUACGGCUGCCCACAGGGUGGGGCGAGAUGGGAUUGUGGCCACGAGGCUCUGCACCCACCAGGAUGAUGUGGCCCUUACCAACGAGAGGCAGCUGCAGAAACUACCAGGUGAGGUACAUAGCUUUGAGGCCAUGGACAGUGACCCUGAGCAAGCCCGGACCCUGGAUGCCCAGUGUCCCGUCAGCCAGCUCCUUCAGCUAAAGCUGGGGGCUCAGGUGAUGCUGGUGAAGAACUUGGCAGUGUCUCGGGGCCUGGUAAAUGGUGCCCGAGGGGUGGUAGUUGGGUUCGAAGCCGAGGGGAGAGGGCUGCCCCAGGUGCGGUUCCUGUGUGGAGUCACCGAGGUCAUCCGUGCUGACCGCUGGAUGGUGCAGGCCACUGGGGGCCGGCUUCUCAGCCGGCAGCAGCUGCCCCUCCAGCUGGCCUGGGCCAUAUCCAUCCACAAGAGCCAGGGCAUGUCCCUGGAUUGCGUGGAGAUCUCUCUGGGCCGUGUGUUUGCCAGCGGCCAGGCCUAUGUGGCCCUUUCCCGGGCCCGCAGCCUGCAGGGCCUGUGUGUGUUGGACUUUGACCCCAUGGUGGUUCGCUGUGACCCCCGUGUGCUGAGCUUCUAUGCUACCCUGCGGCAGGACAGGGGCCUCAGCCUGGAGUCCCCAGAUGACGAUGAGGCAGCCUCAGACCAGGAGAACGUGGACCCGAACCUUUGAUCUGCAAAGAGAAGACAAAGGGUGGUCUCCCCCUCUUCCUGCUCCCUGGUGGGCCAGGCCCCAGGGGAUACCUGGGGAAGGGUAGUGAAUGUCCCUUUCUCCCUUCAUCAGGGGCUCUCAGCCUCCUGGCAGGGCUCAGGAGAGAGUG